AUGGUGGGGCGGCGGCGGCUGCUCCCGCGCCCGCUGCUGCUCCUGCUCCCGCUGUUCGUCCCGCUCUCGGCCUCGCUCCCGUCACCUCCUCCAGCGAACGCCUCCCUGCCUGGUUGCCCCCCGGGUCAGUUCCAGUGCAAGCCGGGCACCCCCUGCUUUCUGGAUGAGUGGCGCUGCGAUGGGCACCCGGACUGCAAGGACGGGGAGGACGAGCAGGACUGCAAUGGGUACCCGGACUGCGAGGACGGGGAGGACGAGUGGGGGUGCGGGACGGCGACCCCGGCGGCGCCGAGUCCUGAUGAUGCUUGGGUGACCCCGCCGCGGAGCUCGGCGGUACUGCCCACCGACAGUGCAGAGACUUCAGGUACACCUGUGCUUGAGGGCUCUGUGCCAUCAGGGACUCGAGGCUGCUUGUGGAUCUUGAUUAUGGCAGUGCUCCUGAGUGUCCUGGUAGCUGUGGGUUCUAUUGCUGUGUGGGGUCUGUCCAAAGCAAAAAGCAGACCUGAUAUCUUCAGUCCUGAAAAAGCAUCCAGGGAACAGCUGAUGCCUGAUAAGAGCCAGACAGGUUCCUUUCCCUGAAGGGUUCUUUGCCAUGAGGUGAUGAGAUGGGGUUAGUUCUGGUGUCUCUCCUGCUCACUACAGAGGCUGACUACAUUGGACAUAAGCUCUCCACUCUGGGUUGUUGCACUGAAAUAAGAAGAUGCUCCCUUUGGAAAUGGUUGGAAUUACUUUGGCUCUGGAAGUAGCACAGAGCCUUCCCUGGUGCUGUGAACUCAUCCUUCACACAGGUUCCUCUCCAGGGGCUGGUGAUGCCAGCUCUCACCAGUGUGGCCUUGGACACAGAGGUUUUGUUCUCCAUGCCAUGACAGUCACUAGGUGCAAUGUUUCCUCUCAGCUUCCUGUCAACUGCUUCCUUCCACUUCCAGCCAAGAGGCCUUUUCCACAUGCCCCAUCCUUGCCCCUGGGUUUUGUCAGGGAGUAGAGGCUCCCUCAUCCAUUUCAGCAGGAGCUGAGUGACUCCACAGGGAUCAGCUGGCUGUUUGCUCCCUGCUUGUGCUGGGGUUCUGGUGCUGCUCAGUCCCACCUGCAGGAAGCCUGUGCUGGCAGGUCAGCCUCAAGGGCCAAUCUUGAAAAGCUUCUGUCUGCUGUGGCUUUGCUGAGCAGCCACCCAGAGCCAGCAUGGGGCAAGCAGCUUUCCUUCACACUCCCUUCCAGCAAGGUCUCUGCCCUUUGCAGAACUGCACUUCCUACCCCAGUGCUGAGCUCUGGAUGUUUCUCUGACACUGUUCAAGGUAUCUUCCUUGAAACUCUUCUGACAUGAGUGGUGUCCCUCAGGUGUCUGUACUGGGACCAAUGCAUUUGUCUCCAUCAGUGGUGUUUUCAGUGGGGUCAAGUGGUGCAGUUUCUUUGCUUGGGCGAUGGGGUCCAGCCAGAGGGAAGAGUGGAGCAAUGUGAACCUCAGGAAGUUCAUGUGCAAGGUCCUGUGCCUUGGUUGGGGCAAUCCCUGGGGAAGAGAAGGCUCCAGAGAGACCCUAUUGUGUCUUUUCAGUAAUACCAAUAUCGAUUUAAAAUACAAGUAAGGGGGCAAGGAAGAAAGGGGGAGAGAGGCUUCUGACCAGGGCCUGCAGUGACAGGACCAGGCACAACGGUUAUAAAUUGGAAGGAGAUAGAUUGGACACAAGGGAGAAAUUUUUCACACUGUGAGACCCUAGCCCAGGUUGCCCAGGCACGAGGAAACAUUUGAGGUGAGGUUGUUUUAUUCUUUUUGCCUUCAGCUUGCACUAGCUCAUGUCUUGGAUCAGACAUGGUCCUCUGGGGCCUCUGAGCAGCUCCCUGAGCAGCUCCAUGAUGUCCACUUCUCAGAAGAACUGGCAGUGGGGGAAGGAGAUUACUGAGCACAGCCUCCAGGUCCAUGCUGGCCACAUGCUCCCUGCACAAAUGAUGAAAAGCUGCUGCCCAGCCUGCUGAGCUCUGUGCCUUAAAGGGGAGACUCUGCCUUGCCAAGCAGACCUUGGUUGUCAGCCUUGGACCUAGAGCCUUCAUCUGCUGGAUGGUGUUGGGAUGCUGAUGAGCCCCACCAGAGAGACUGCUCCAUGUGGUGUGAGUUCCUCCAGGGCUAUCUUUAGUACCAGCCAAGAGGUCACCUGCAGUGCUGCACACAACCUUGCUUCUGUUUCCAUAGGGACAGGUGGAGAGAGCUGCUGGUGAAUGACACAGGGG